AUGCGGGCUAGUCAUCGUAGAAGCGAGGCUGCUUCUGCAGCCUUUGGCCAAAUUCUCCAAAGCUGCUUCUGUGGCCACAAGCUCGCAUCUGCGUCUAUAAGCUCGCAGGUAAGGGCAUCAGCUGAUUACAUCCAUACUGUGAUAUAUGGUGUGAAGCACUUCAUUGGACAAUUCCAGCUUGAUGAACUUCCUUGUGAACAUGCUUUGGUAUCUUUGAGGCAUAGGAAUGAGUCUUAUGAAAACUAUUAUUCUUCUUAUUACACGAGGGAGAGCCUUAUGCAUACUUAUGAAAUACCAGUAGACCCGCUGCCUGACAAAAGCAAAUGGAAUGUGCCACAACAUAUAGCUGAAGAAGUUGUAAAGCCACCUACAGGGAAAAGGCAGCCAGGGAGACCUCAAAAACAAAUAUACAAAUCAUAUGAUGAAGUAAAUACAAAAAAAUUACAAGGUUUCAUGUGGCAACUGCGGACUAGAAGGGCAUAA